CGUGUGGGGAGGGGGGAGGGAGCGCGCUCCCCGGGAAGUCAGAGCGAGGCUCUGGUUCCCUCGGAGCCCCGCGCUGCAUUCCUUCCCCUCCAUUCAUGCUGGGCAGCGGCGGCGAGCAGGCACGGGAGCCCGAGCGGCUGCUGCUGGAGGCACAGGCGGGGAGGGGGCGGCCCGAGGCGGCGGCGGCGCGGAAUGUGAGCAUGGCCGGCCCCUUCGCGGCGAGCCCGGAGGAUCGUGGCUGGCUCACCCGGCUGGCGGCCCCCCGAGCCCCCUAGAUGCGGAGCCCCGAAGGAGCGCAGACGCCAUCGGACCUCGCGCGCCCCCCGCCCCCCUCCCUCCGCUGCCAUGUGUCCGGCCGUGCGGCCCUGGGCCCUCCUGCUGCUGGGCGGCGCGUGGGCGGCCGCCUGUAGCGCCGCCGCCCCGCUCCGGACCUUCCCGGUGAGCGACUGGAGCCUGACCCACCUGGUGGUGCACAACAAGACGGGCGAGGUGUACGUGGGGGCCGUCAACCGCAUCUACAAGCUGUCCAGCAACCUGACGCUGCUGCGCACGCACGUCACGGGCCCCGUGGACGACAACGAGAAGUGCUACCCGCCGCCCAGCGUGCAGUCGUGCCCGCACGGGCUGGCGCCCACCAACAACGUCAACAAGCUGCUGCUGCUGGACUACGCGGCCAACCGGCUGCUGGCGUGCGGCAGCGCGUCGCAGGGCAUCUGCCAGUUCCUGCGCCUGGACGACCUCUUCAAGCUGGGCGAGCCGCACCACCGCAAGGAGCACUACCUGUCCAGCGUCAACGAGUCGGGCACCAUGUCGGGCGUGCUCAUCGAGGUGCCCGGCGGCCACGACAAGCUCUUCGUGGGCACGCCCAUCGACGGCAAGUCCGAGUACUUCCCCACGCUGUCCAGCCGCAAGCUCAUGCGCAACGAGGAGAACGCCGAGAUGUUCGGCUUCGUCUACCAGGACGAGUUCGUGUCGUCGCAGCUCAAGAUCCCGUCGGACACGCUGUCCAAGUUCCCGGCCUUCGACAUCUACUACGUGUACAGCUUCAGCAGCGAGCAGUUCGUGUACUACCUGACGCUGCAGCUCGACACGCAGCUCACGUCGCCCGACUCCACCGGCGAGCAGUUCUUCACCUCCAAGAUCGUGCGCCUCUGCGUGGACGACCCCAAGUUCUACUCGUACGUGGAGUUCCCCAUCGGCUGCGUGCAGGCCGGCGUCGAGUACCGCCUGGUGCAGGACGCCUACCUGAGCAAGCCCGGCCGGGCCCUGGCGCGCCAGCUCGGCCUGGCCGAGACCGAGGACGUGCUCUUCACCGUGUUCGCCCAGGGCCAGAAGAACCGCGUCAAGCCCCCCAAGGAGUCCGUGCUGUGCCUCUUCACCCUCCAGAAGAUCAAGGACAAGAUCAAGGAGAGGAUCCAGUCCUGCUACCGCGGGGAGGGCAAGCUGUCCCUGCCCUGGCUCCUCAACAAGGAGCUGGGCUGCAUCAACUCGCCUUUGCAGAUCGAUGAUGACUUCUGCGGGCAGGACUUUAACCAGCCUCUGGGGGGCACCGUGACCAUCGAGGGCACGCCGCUCUUUGUGGACAAGGAAGAUGGCAUGACCUCGGUGGCUGCCUAUGACUACCAGGGCCACACUGUCGUUUUUGCUGGGACCCGGAGUGGCCGGAUCAAAAAGAUCCUGGUGGACCUGUCGAGCCCGGGGGGCCGCCCUGCCCUGCAGUAUGAGAACGUGGUGGCCCACGAGGGCAGCUCCAUCCUGCGGGACCUGGUCCUGAGCCCCAGCCGGCAGUACAUCUACGCCAUGACCGAGAAGCAGUGACGCGGGUUUCCGGUAGAGAGCUGCGAGCAGUACUCGACGUGCGAGCUGUGCCUGGGCUCCCGGGAUCCCCACUGCGGCUGGUGUGUCCUUCACAACGUCUGUUCCCGGAAAGACCGCUGCGAGCGCGCCGACGAGCCCCAGCGCUUCGCGUCCGACCUGCUCCAGUGCGUGCAGCUCACCGUGCGGCCCAAGAACAUCUCGGUCACCAUGUCUGAAGUCCCGCUCGUCCUGCAGGCCUGGAACGUGCCCGACCUCUCGGCCGGCGUCAACUGCUCCUUCGAGGAUUUCACCGAGUCGGAGAGCCGCAUCGAGGACGGCAAGAUCUACUGCCGCUCGCCCUCCUCCAAGGACGUGGUGCCCAUCACGCGGGGCCAGGGAGACAAGAGGGUGGUGAAGCUCUACCUCAAGUCCAAGGAGACGGGAAAGAAGUUUGCGGCCGUGGAUUUUGUCUUUUACAACUGCAGCGUCCACCAGUCUUGCCUGUCCUGUGUGAAUGGAUCCUUCCCUUGUCACUGGUGCAAAUACAGACACAUCUGCACCCACAACGCUGCUGACUGCUCCUUCCAAGAAGGCCGGGUCAACGUGUCUGAGGACUGCCCGCAGAUCCUGCCAUCCACCCAGAUCUACGUCCCAGUGGGAGUGGUGAAGCCCAUCACACUAACCGCCAAGAACCUUCCCCAGCCUCAGUCUGGCCAACGCAACUACGAGUGCAUCUUCCAUAUCCCAGGCAACCCGGCCCGAGUGACUGCCCUGCGCUUCAACAGCACCAGCAUCCAGUGUCAGAACACUUCGUACACCUAUGAGGGCAACGACAUCAGCGACCUGCCCGUCAACCUCUCGGUGGUGUGGAACGGCAACUUCGUCAUCGACAACCCCCAGAACAUCCAAGCUCACCUGUACAAGUGUUCUGCCCUUCGGGAGAGCUGCGGCCUCUGCCUGAAGGCCGACCCACGAUUCGAGUGCGGCUGGUGCGUGGCCGAGAAGCGCUGCUCCCUGCGCCACCACUGCCCUGCCCCGGACGUCGGCUGGAUGCACGCCAGCAGUGGCAAUAGCCGCUGCUCGGACCCCAAGAUCCUCAAGCUCUCUCCGGAGACGGGCCCCCGGCAGGGCGGCACUCGGCUCACCAUCACGGGGGAGAACCUGGGCCUGAAGUUCGAGGACGUGCGGCUGGGCGUGCACGUGGGGAAGGUGAUGUGCAACCCCAUCGAGAGCGAGUACAUCAGCGCCGAGCAGAUCGUGUGUGAGAUCGGAGACGCCAGCCCCGGCCGAGCCCACGACGCCCUGGUGGAGGUGUGCGUCCGAGACUGCUCUCUUCACUACCGCGCCGUGUCCCCCAAGAGGUUCACCUUCGUGACCCCCACCUUUUACCGGGUGAGCCCUGCUCGCGGCCCUCUCUCAGGGGGCACUUGGAUUGGGAUUGAGGGAAGUCAUCUGAAUGCUGGCAGCGAUGUGGCUGUCUCCAUUGGGGGCCGGCCGUGCACUUUCUCCUGGAGGAAUUCCCGGGAAAUUCGCUGCCGGACCCCCCCAGGCCAGAGCCCUGGGGGUGCCAACAUCGUCAUCAACAUCAACAGGGCUGAGCUCAGCAAUGCCGAUGUGAAGUACAAUUACACCGAGGACCCCACCAUCCAGAGGAUUGACCCUGAGUGGAGCAUUAACAGCGGCGGAACGCUCCUCACCGUCACGGGCACCAACCUGGCCACUGUCCGAGAGCCCCGGAUUCGUGCCAAGUACGGCAGUGCCGAGAGGGAGAAUACUUGCAUCGUGUACAACGACACCACCAUGAUGUGCCAGGCCCCCUCCAUCGACAACCCCAGCCGGAGCCCCCCCGAGAUGGGCGACCGGCCCGAUGAGCUGGGCUUCGUGAUGGACAACGUGCGCUCCCUGCUCAUUAUCAACAGCUCCAACUUCCUCUACUAUCCCGACCCUGUCUUUGAGCCCCUCAGCCCCUCGGGCAUCCUGGAACUCAAGCCCAGCUCCCCCCUCAUCCUCAAGGGCCGGAACCUCCUCCCUCCAGCCUCGGGGAACUCCAGGCUCAACUACACCGUGCUCAUCGGCUCCACUCCUUGUGUGCUGACUGUGUCCGAGACCCAGCUGCUCUGCGAAUCGCCCAACCUCACUGGCCAGCACAAAGUCACGAUCAAGGCAGGAGGCUUCGAGUUCUCCCCGGGAACGCUGCAGGUGUACUCGGACAGCCUUCUGACGCUGCCAGCCAUCAUCGGCAUUGGGGGAGGCGGGGGCUUGCUACUGCUGGUCAUCAUCGUGGUCCUCAUCGCCUACAAGCGCAAGUCCCGGGAUGCUGACCGCACCCUCAAGCGCCUGCAGCUGCAGAUGGACAACCUGGAGUCUCGGGUGGCCCUGGAGUGCAAGGAAGCCUUUGCAGAACUUCAGACAGAUAUCCACGAGCUGACCAAUGACCUGGAUGGAGCUGGCAUCCCCUUCUUGGACUAUCGCACCUAUGCCAUGAGGGUCCUCUUCCCAGGCAUUGAGGACCACCCGGUGCUGAAGGAGAUGGAGGUUCAGGCCAAUGUGGAGAAGUCUCUGACUCUGUUCGGGCAGCUGCUCAACAAGAAGCACUUCCUGCUCACCUUCAUCCGCACCCUGGAGGCCCAGCGCAGCUUCUCCAUGCGGGACCGCGGCAACGUGGCUUCGCUUAUCAUGACGGCGCUGCAGGGGGAGAUGGAGUACGCCACGGGCGUCCUGAAGCAGCUGCUGUCUGACCUCAUCGAGAAGAACCUGGAGAGCAAGAACCACCCCAAGCUGCUUCUGCGCAGGACGGAGUCGGUGGCAGAGAAGAUGCUCACGAACUGGUUCACGUUUCUGCUGUACAAGUUUCUCCAAGAGUGUGCAGGGGAGCCUCUCUUCAUGCUGUACUGUGCCAUCAAGCAACAGAUGGAGAAAGGCCCAAUCGAUGCCAUCACUGGUGAGGCUCGCUAUUCCUUGAGUGAAGACAAACUCAUCCGCCAGCAGAUUGACUACAAGAUGUUGACACUGAACUGUGUGAAUCCGGAGAAUGAGAAUGCCCCGGAGAUACCAGUCAAAGUGCUGAACUGUGACACCAUCACCCAAGUGAAGGAGAAGCUGCUGGAUGCUGUUUACAAGGGUGUUCCGUACUCCCAGAGACCCAAGGCUGGGGACAUGGACCUGGAGUGGCGCCAGGGCCGAAUGGCCAGAAUUAUCCUGCAGGAUGAGGACGUCACCACCAAGAUAGACAAUGACUGGAAGAGACUCAAUACCCUGGCCCAUUAUCAGGUGACAGAUGGCUCCUCCGUGGCCCUGGUACCCAAGCAGAACUCUGCCUAUAACAUCUCCAACUCCUCCACCUUCACAAAGUCCCUCAGCAGAUAUGAGAGUAUGCUCAGGACUGCCAGCAGCCCAGAUAGCCUGCGCUCGCGCACCCCGAUGAUCACGCCAGACCUGGAGAGCGGCACCAAGCUCUGGCACCUGGUCAAGAACCACGACCACCUCGACCAGCGGGAAGGCGACCGUGGAAGCAAGAUGGUCUCUGAGAUCUACCUGACCCGGCUGCUGGCCACCAAGGGGACCUUACAGAAGUUUGUGGAUGACCUCUUUGAGACCAUCUUCAGCACGGCUCACAGGGGCAGCGCACUCCCCCUUGCAAUCAAGUACAUGUUUGAUUUUCUGGAUGAGCAAGCUGACAAACACCAAAUCCAUGACUAUGAUGUUCGGCAUACCUGGAAAAGCAACUGCCUACCUCUGCGCUUUUGGGUGAACGUGAUCAAGAACCCGCAGUUUGUGUUUGACAUCCACAAGAACAGCAUCACGGACGCCUGCCUGUCUGUGGUGGCCCAGACAUUCAUGGACUCCUGUUCCACCUCUGAGCACAAGCUGGGCAAGGACUCGCCCUCCAACAAGCUGCUGUACGCCAAGGACAUCCCCAACUACAAAAGCUGGGUGGAGAGGUACUACUCCGACAUCGCCAAGAUGCCCGCCAUCAGCGACCAGGACAUGAGCGCCUACCUGGCGGAGCAGUCGCGGCUCCACCUCAGCCAGUUCAACAGCAUGAGUGCCCUGCACGAGAUCUACUCGUACAUCACCAAGUACAAGGACGAGAUCUUGGCUGCUUUGGAGAAGGAUGAGCAGACGCGAAAGCAGCGGCUUAGGAGUAAGCUGGAGCAGGUGAUAGACACUAUGGCCCUGAGCAGCUGAGAAGUCCAGAAGGGCUCCUGGUGACUUUUUCCUAGUGGCGGACUCUGAGAACCAGAGAGACAGAGACAGAGAGAGAGGCCAGCAGCAGGGGCAGCAGAGUUUGUCCCCACCCUGGCCAUGCCUGGGAGGAAGCGGGGGACCACGCUGCACUCACCAGAGCCCCUCCUGAGCCAUCCAGCACCUCCAUGCCAAGGAAAACUCAAACACUUGCUCUGCUGCAGAAGGGGAAAAUCACAAAACCCAAACACCCACCUGCCUGCCUGGAGAGACAGAGAAGGACCUUUCCAGGCAAAAGCACAUGGUGGGAGGCAGAAGAGACUGGAAUGACUUGGCAAGGAGGCAGCAGCCGUGCACGCCUCCACCCCUCACCGAAAGCUGGCACAGUGGGAAUGGUGCUCCCUUUGGGGGACGAUGCCGGGGGAGAGGGUGGGUAUCUUGGAACCUCCCCUCUGCCUCCCCAUCCCCUUUUUCUUGGAGGUUUCAGAUUUUAAAUCCUCCAAAUGUGACUGUUUUCUUCCACUCUCUCAUCUGUCCCCCUGGACCUAGUCCACCCCACACCCCACACCCUCCCACUGUCUUUGUCAUUUACCUGCUCUAUUUGCACAGCUUACCCAGCGUCAAAAAUUUCCUUUUACAAAUCUACCAAUGGAGAGGGAAAAAAAGAUGACAAGCAAGAUUUUAUGUAGGACAGGAAAUUGGCUCUCCCCCCGCCAAAAAAAGUGAGGGGGAACCUUUGAACUAGUUGUCAGAGCCCAGGUGGCACAAAAAAGGAAAAGACAGUAUGCAGAGGGGGUUGAAUUUUCCUGGCCCGCUACCUGUCAUCUGUAGACCUCUUAGCACACAUUGGAGAGAAAAGCCCCUGGGUGCUCCCCAGAUCUAGAGAAGGAGGCCAGAGUUGGAGCAUGCAAGGGGGGCAGUUCCUGUCCUGAAGAAGGCAUAGACAAAGCCUGGGAGGUGCCCAUGUCUUUGUUUCUGUCCCACAUCAUUCUUAAGGGCUGCGGGGAGCUGGUCAAAUGGGACAGGGAGGCUGUGUGGACCAUACACCCUCUCUUCCUGGUCCCUCUGUGCUCCCUGCUUCUUUCCCCAUUCCCAUUAUCCCAAGCUCUAGCCUGUUCCCCUCUCCAUGGGCUUCCUAAAUUAGCAACCUUCUCCAACCCAGCAUAUCUUCCUGCAGGGCCAAAGGAGGAAAUCCCUCUUGAUCCCAAGCUCUUCUACUGAUAGGUCCAUAUAUUGGAAACCCAUACCUGGUUCUGGACCUGAGACAACAAUCUCUCUGUGGAGAGCUUUGCCUGAGUGAAAUCUGCUCCAUUUGGAGUUCCCCAUUUGUCUCACCUCCUUUUGGGAAAGGGCUUGAUGCCGUUGGACUGUCCACAUGCCCAGAACAUCUUGUUCCUGGGUUGUGGUCAUGGGUGAAAGUGAAAGCCCUUCACUCAGUUCCCAGAGAUGAGGAGAGGCAGAGAGAGGACUGACCCCUUUUCCAUCCCUCACUUCUGCUGUUGAAAGGAAAGAGGCAAGGCAAGACUCUCCCCUUCCCUUCCUUACAGGGUUGAAUCAUGACCCUACAGGCAAGAGUCCUCAUUAUUUCUGGUUGAGUCACAGAACCACAGGGACAUUGGCUCCUGAGGAGCCUCCUAGAGCUGGGUGACGAGGUGAGCAGAGCAGUUCUCAGCCAAGUCCAAAUGCCACUCCCCAACCUUCUUCCCUGUUUGCUCUAUGUUGGGACAUCUUUGUUAGAACUGGGCCUGUGAAGGGGCCAGGAGAGAAGGGAGUUUCCAGCAGCAGACUCUUCAGAGAAGUCACCAAGUUUAGGGCAGAAAUGCUUUGGCUAAUGGUGAGAGGGAGUGUAUCACUAACUUUUGUUUGGCCAAGCCUUCUGUUGUCCUUGAGUCUUAUCCAGCAGCAGCUGGCCACAAGCUCUGUUCUCCAAGCCUAAUAAACAGAAGAAAUAGAGACAGAUUUCCUGUGGAUUCAGUUGGAAGGUAGACUGGUGAACAGAGGGCACUGUUCUCCUUACUUUCCCUCCACCACAUCCUCUUCUUCCUCUUCCUCAUGACUGUUUUCAUCAUGCAUCAUCGUUGUACCACCAUUCUCAGGAGCACCAUCAUCAUCAUCAUCACCAAGGUUAUUCCUACCAACUGUGCUUGAAACUCUUUUUUUUGGUCACCCAACAACCCCAAUGCAAUGAGUACUUUUUUGGUCUUGUCCCCUGGAAGAUGACUGUUUUUAACUUGACCACAAUUUCUGGGCAACUUAUACCGCCAGUAACUUCCAUGCUCAACUAUGAGAGGCCACCAUGAACCUGUAGAGUGCUUGGGGAUCCCCCAUAAGACCUCCAGGACCUAUGGCUGAACAUCAUAGGUGUUUAUUAUCCCUCAACUACCAGUCAUUAAACCAACUCUCCACAAAUCUAGGCCAAAUGUGGCCCAAGAUAGACUUUGAUCUCUUCUGGUGCAGCCCUAAAACUUCACACACAGGACUAGUUCUUAAAUCUGUCCAGAGUGUCUUUACUUCUCUCCCUCUCUCUCUCUCUCUCUCUCUCUCUCUCUCUCUCUCUCUCUCUCUCUCUCUCUCUCUCACUGUCUUGUCUUUCCUUUCCUCUGUCAUCCCCUCUUGUCCUCUCCCCCUGGGUAAUUUCCAAGUUCCCAUCCAGUUUAAAAUCUAGCACCAUGUGGUGAACCUCAGAGUGGUGAUGGGAUUUGGGGGGAGGUUUUUUUUUUUCUUUAAAGAGGAAAGAAAGAAAAAAGAAAGCCUGUUUGGUUCUCCUGUAGUGGCUUUACUGAUGAAGACCGUAGCCACAGUUGAGAGAGCGCUCCCUCAGUUCCUCAGCCAGGCCAAGGUGAUGCUGUUCACUAUAUGUAUUGCUGCUGCCUCAGCCUCGGACCACGGGGAGCCAGGCCUGUCCUCCAAGUGGGCCAUUCCAGUGACCCCGAGGGACUGCUCUGUAUCCGUUCACGCCCUCAGUGACCAAGUAAGAACAAAUGAAGUUUUUAAUUCAAAAACAGAGAAUUGUGUAUAUAUAUAUAUGUGGUUACAACCUAAAUCUCCAGCCCCAGGAGGGUCCUGUAUAGUUGACUGAAGGAGAAAAUUUAGGGGAAAAAAGGAAAAAAGAUAUAGAAUAAGAAAAUUAAGCCAGUGGGAAAAACAAAACAAAAAAAAACAAAACAAACACAAAAAACAAACAAACAAAACCAAACAUACCAAAUGGUCUGGAAGGAACUUCCAAGAGUUUAUCACCAAGCGGAACAAUCUUUGAAGCCUGAACACCUCUAAUUAUGCGGUGAUUUCGUUUUUUUAACAUUUCAAGGAGGAAGAAAAAGCUACCCCAAGUCCUCAGAAAGUCCGGGACUGCAUAGGACCCGCGAAUUACUGCAUGAGCGUGCUAGAUUUUAGUCUGAGUUGAUCUUUUUAAAUCUGCAAGUGUUGAAUACUAGAGGUUGUUUAGACCUUUUUUAUUAUUAUUAUUAUUAUGAUUUUUAAUUAAUUUGUCACUUCUUGUAAAAGGAAAAAAUGGAUGAAAGUAGACUUACCUUCUCCAGUUUACUUCUAAAAUGGUACUAAAGGUUUCUGUGUACUUUAAGGGACAGCUAACUGUGAUGGGACCAGCAGUAUCACCACUCCUCAGGGCACCUGAUCUUUCCCAGGGGGUCUCAGGGAGGCCCAGAGGAGAGAGGACUCUUGCUUCUCGGAGGUGACUGGGUCUCUUGGUGAAGGGAAUCAACCCUGGGAGGCUAGUUCCAAAAUAUUAGAUUUCCAUUGUUUUUGAAGACUUGGGUCUGCAGGGAGAACCCCUUAUUGACCUAAAUGGAAUUUUUGGGUUCAUUUUUCUGCUCACUGGAUGCCCCCUCCCCCAUCAGGAUUCCUCUUCCUACCCUCCACACCUCCACUGAAUUUAGACUCAUGGAUGGGGGGGUUAUGGGGGCUUAUUUAGAGUCAAUAGUGGUUCCCCCAACCAGUGUGGGGGAAGCCACUUUGGAAUCAAUCCUGAUCUUUGACUCAGGAAGUACUCAUUCACCAUGAAACUAUCGGGACAUAUGACAGAUGAGGAAACCAAUUCUGAGGCUCCAGAAACAAGAUGGAGAUGUAUGCUUGGAGACCUCUGUUUCUGUGCUAUUCAGUUCUUGAUGAAUUGGGAUAAAGACUUUCCUCAGGGCAGUGGGCUAAUCUUAGGCCUCAGUUGCACAUUUCUUUUGAUCAGACCUUCCAGGAAUUCAAGAAUUAGAAGUUUAGGAUUAGAAUGUGAUGUUAUGGUCAGGGUCAGACCAAGUGAUGGCCUGAUGAUCCCACCUAACAUCUCAGUCAAGGUCUUUUGUCCUCCCCAUUACCCCCUGCAAGUCCCUGGAAACUUUGAGGUUCUAGACCAAGACUUUGGCAUCAGUCAGGAAGAGGGUUCUUGUAGCUAACCACCAUGAUCUUGAAGGACAAAAUUCACUUCAAUUCCACAAGGCUUCUGAGAGAAAGUGCUAGGCAAGUAAAACCCCACACUUUAAAUGAUCUCAUCUAGCCUUGCAAAUAAUUCAGGGAAAUAACUGCCCACAACAUGCCAUCUGGACUGGCCCAUGCUCAUGAAGGCCCGCUCACGUCAUCCCCUAGACUCUGCUGCCAUUCUCGUGCAUGAGGGAUAGUCUGGUUUCAUCAAACCUGACCCUGCUCAUUCAGAAAUUAUAAUUAUUCUGAUAGGAGUUGGGCUGAUGCUUCUCUUUGUGUUAUCUAUAAAGGAUUUAAGUCAUUUGUGGGGAGGAGGAACAAGGGGCAUGUUUAACCUACUUGAGACACAGAUUGGUUUCAAGCCUCCUCAAGUAGUUUAGAAGCUUCCAUUUAUGCAAAAUGAUUGACAAUGCUAAUUACAAAUCAUUCUUAUCUAUUCAUUAAAGCCAGCCCCCUAAGGAUCUCUACUAGAGAGUGCUUCCUUUGCCUCAUUCUAAUUAUCAUAUGUGCUUAAAAGUAGGCAAAAUGCACUUCCUUUUGUGCAAGUCUGUAAUCUAGAUUUGAAGGCCAGUGGGAGGAAUAGUGACUUUGGAGUCAGGAAGACCUAGGUUCAGGGCCCAGUUGGGACACAUAUCAGCUGUGUUAUCCUGGCCAAGUCACUUCUCAUUGCCUCAAGCAACUCUCCAAGACCAUCCAUGAGCAUUAGUAGAAGGAAUUCCUUCCCUGGGAUGUUCCUAUACCAAUGAAAUUUUAGGUUUUGUUCUUCUUACCCCCUCUUCCCAAAAUACAUCAAUCCAGACUUUAAUUGAAACCAACUUUGCCCCAGUAUCUCAACCAGUGAGUUAGAGCCUAGGGGAGCCACAAACAGCCACAGCUGAUUUGGCUGCUUCUCCCAGAGGAAGGAACAAAUUCAGGUCUAUUUCAGGAAAAGCUGGUGAAUGGACCACUGGGAAGGGAAAGAGCAAGAGAAAACAAGGUCUAGUCCUGGUUAGGGUUGAGGGUUCUUCAUACACCACUUGGGUUUCACCCUCCACCGUUGGCAGAUUUGCUAGCCAAACUGGCAUCGAGUUGAUUUUAUCCAUUUCCAAGCCUUAGGGAAGGUAAGCCAAUGGGCCAUAAACUCAAGCCAAUGGGGUGACCGUAGAAACAAUUCCAGCAGCAUGGGGUAGUGGAAGGGGGCUAGACUGAAUCAAGCAGCCUUGGCUCCACAGUCAACCUUGAAACAAACUCACUGCUUGACUUGGGCAGGUGACUCCUCUCUGUUCUUAAUGUUCUCUGGAAAGUGGAGAGGAGAAGAGUUGGAUGCAAAUGGCCCCAUGGCCCAUCCAGUUCUAAUAACAGCCUCAGUGAGGAGAGUAGGAAGGGUGUGAGAGCAUCUCCCUGCAAGAGUCUUUGGUUCAGACUCCCACCAGGCACCCUGAUCUUCCAGUGGAGUCACGGAUACCUCCAAGAAAACUCUACUGGGGUCUUAGAAGCCUAAGAUACCCCAAGUGUCCCCUGUGUUUCUUUGCCAGAGAGCAGGGGGAGGGGCACUGGGCUGGGGCCUACCUGCCAUCUCUCUAAGGAGACCAGAAUCUACCUCAUGCUUCCCUCUUCAUGCUCCAAAGCACGGACCUGUCCCUUCCCCAGUCCUUGUCGACUCUAGACUGCCCUCCACCACAUGGUUGGCUUGGAUCAGGGAGUGUGUGUGUGCCCAGAAGUCUGGUGGGCAGACGAGGGCUUCAGAAACUCCUUUCACCUGAGUCAGUAGUCUUCAUGAAUUGCUCUGACCCCAAAAUUCAUCUUUCCUCUCCCCCCCCCCAACACCCUCUGGGCACGAGCCUUCCUGCUCUUAGCUAAGCUGGUCCUUGGUUAUCCUUUGCUGGGCUCAGCCUCGAAGCCUCUCUAGCUCAGAAAAUCCUGCUUCUGUUUGGCAUAAUCUUGGAGAGCCCCGGGGUCACCUCCAUGCCCUAGUGAGACAGACUUUAGGGGAGGGCAAGACCUUGAUCUUGAGUGGGCCCAAAAGUUGGCUCUUUAGUGGAAUGGCAACUGGCAUUUUAGUCCUUAACGCUUAAAAUCCUCCUGGAACACACCUACAUGCACACACAUAGUCACCACCACCAGGAAAAACAGCACGGCACUGCCUCUCUGAGCUCCAGGUUUCAUAGGAUCAAUGGGGCCCUCUUCUUGGUCCUCCCUUUCCCCCCAAGGUAACUAAAUUUGCAUCCACUCCCGUUUUCUUUAUCAUUUAGCCUUCGGGAGGAACCCCUCCUGGUUCUCCCCACUCCCCAGCCCCCAGUCUUGGAAUCAGCGGCUCAAAUCCUUGGCCUCACCAGAUAGGAUAGAUAUAUUUAGAGAGAGAUUUAUAUUUUUAAGAUGAAGCGCACAAUUAGCUGUCCUUUAACGUCGUCGUCCACAUUUCAAAUGGAGAGAAGACAGAUGGUUUUAAUGGUCUGAUCAGUGGUUCCGAUAAACGUUACUCAGUCGCUCCACGUUGGAAGCAGUGGGGCCCAUAGCUCCUCGCGCCCUUGGACUGUGUAAAUAUCCCGCUAUUUCCUAUUUUAAUGUUCUUCAGAUUUAGUAUUUGUAAAUAAAAGCGCAUCAAGGAGAGAUUAAACAUUUUUGCUAAA